UCAGAAUAAGCGAAACUCUGAAAAUGUUAUUAAAAAUUGUAAACUGACAAAUGACAACCAAUUUUUUGUUGAAUGGAAUAAUCCUUGCUGAAGCUACCCCCUGACAUACUUAACAGGAUUGCUUACUUAAUUAAGGUUCAAGACUGCUGACUCAAAUGAAAAGUUUAGAUACUUCAUUGAUGUGAUGCAACACUUUUCUUUAGAGAAAGCUGUAGUCAACACUUCGGAGGUCACUUUGUACUACAAAGUCGCCAAUCUUGUGGAUGGUGACAAAAGAUAUGCCUGGUGCGUUAGAUAUAGUGCGUCCAUUUUGUUCGGUGGUCAUCAAUGAAGAGACAAUCGGCCCAAUAACUGGCCUGGCUAUAGGAGCACUGGAUAAGUUCUUUGCCUCAGGAUUAUUAGAUCCAUCUUAUGAUAAAGCAGCUCAUGGUUUCUGUGAAGUGGCUGAAGCUAUCACUCAUGCUCGGUUUGUGGGUACUAGCACUGCCAGUGAUGAAGUCGUACUCAUGAAAGUACUCAUAGUACCUGAUAAUGAGGGAGGGAGUUCUCUAAGUGGUGAUAGUCCUACUGCUCCUGCGGGUAGUACAUUCACGACAUCAAGAGGUGUCCAUUUUUCUGGUCCAGUAGGAGGAGGAGACGAGGGAGAGAAGUCUCCUCAUGGUAUGCCUUGCGUUAGGGAAGUUCUGAGGUUUUUCAUUUCCAUUAUCAAUCCUAAAGACAGGAAUGACAAACGAGUGAUAUGCAUUGGAUUGGAUUUGGUGACUGUUAUGUUGGAGUGUGGCGGGAAGAGUCUUGUAGACAUUAAAUCACUGAGA